AUGAAUACGCCACCUUCCGAGGAAGGAAACGGUGUGACCCAACAAGCGGGUCUGCCCGCUUGCGUCGACGUGCUGGAGCGGCAGGAGCCGGUGCUUUUCACAGUUUCUUCAGUCAUAGACGAGCUCGGUCAAACACCGGACGCCGCCGCCGAAGUCAAAGAAGCGGGUGACGACGAGUUCGUGUCCGAGGAAAACGACGUGUUUGGCGACAUUUCGAGCGCCGCGGAAGACGACGGUAGUAGUCGUCGUCUCGUCGACGACGCGGACGUCGGGAGCAACGUCGAGAUACAAAACGUCGAGAUAGAAAACGUCGAGGAAGAAACGGAAGCGAGUCGCGAACUUUCGGUCGAUUCGGACGAUGUCGAACUCGAGCAGUCGACGUCGCGUCGCGAUGGAUUGCGACGAACGAGCGAGUUGGAUGGCUCGGCCGACGUCUCGCACCAGUCGGACGUCGACAAAGAAGCUACGACGACGACUAGUGUGGACGCUUUUGGAUUCCAAGCUAGCGACCGAUAUGGUAACAUUCGUGUGACGCUAGAGAGGAAGGAGUUGUGGCUUCAGUUUAACUCUGUGGGAACCGAAAUGAUUAUAACGAAGGCUGGAAGGCGAAUGUUUCCAGCACUUAUCACUUCUGUCACAGGUCUCGAUCCUGAUGCUCGCUAUUCUCUAUUUAUCGACGUCAUUCAGGCCGAUGGCGAUCGCUACAAGUAUCUCAAUUCGAAAUGGAUUGUUGUUGGUAAAGCGGAUCGCGAGGUCGAGCCGAGACCUCGUUACGUUCACCCGGAAUCGCCGAGCACUGGACAGCACUGGAUGAGUCAGAAAAUCUCGUUCAAAAAGCUCAAGCUGACGAACAACAAGAAGAACACGCAAGGACAUCUCGUUCUCAAUUCAAUGCACAAGUACCAGCCGCGGCUUCACAUCGUCAAAGACGGCGAAGACAGCAACGACGACGGCAAGCAUGGCGUCUUUGUAUUCCAGGAGACAGUCUUCGUUGCCGUCACCGCGUACCAAAACGACCAGAUAACCCAACUGAAGAUCGAUAACAAUCCGUUUGCUAAAGCGUUCAGAGACUCUCCUCAGGACACCGACUUAAUGAGAGGAACGGGUUGGCCCCAUCCCAUCUAUCACGCUCCCGUCUCUCCUGCUCCCGACAGUCCGUUUUUCGGUCAAGACUACCCAGGUCAGAUGAGAUUUACUCACGUGCCGUCCUACUGCCCGUGGGACAACCCCUACAUUUCGUCGCCUCGCACGCCCCUAACGCCUGCCACUCCCUACCGUCAACAACCGAAUUCCCUUUCCGGCUGGUCGGGCGGUUACCCACAGGGCGCCAUCACACUCUCAUCGCAUUGCAACACGGAGGACGCAUUUGCUCUGCCCUACACGACCUACGGAUCGACGUCGAUUCAUCCGCAGAGUCUUCAAGUUCCACUGACGCCGAUCACUCCGGCAACUCUUGAUCCGUACGGCGGCUAUUGUCCGGGUACUCCGUACAGUGUGUCGGCCACGACGCAGGCUUCGUUUGUCGGAGGCUCCGAGCCCGUCAAGUAUCCGUCGCCGAAUCCGUUUCAGUUUCAGGCGACGAGCUACGCGCAGAGCGUCAAGUAUCCUUCGUAGGUAGCUCUCUACGCCUUCGUGGCUCUUUCGUCUCGUUGAUAGUAUCAUUGCAUGCAGGACAGAUGGACGAAAUAUGAAUUGGAGCUCGGUGUCGCUGCGUUAUUGUUAUUUUAUUGUGAAACGGUUUUUUUUGACUGAUGUAGCUGCGAGCGCGCGGAUUUUAGUCGUGUAAUUAGUAUGUAUGGUAUAGAUAUAGACGUGCAUGUGCUCAGCUAACAAUCUGUUGUUAAUAUAUGGAUGUGUAUAUUGAA